AUGCCGCUGGAGGAUGUCAGGGCCAACGCGCCCGACUGCGUGCUCUGGCAGCAGGUGUACCUAUUCAGCGAGAGGUGCCUCACCGAAUCGUUGGUUAAGAGGGCCGCAGAACAGGGCUGCACGGCCAUCGUGGUGACCGUGGGCGCUCCCGUCGACGGAGACAAGAUCAGCCGCCACGAGUACCCGCAUAGCCUUCCCCACGGACUCAGUACCGCCAACUUGGAUGCAUCGUUUUCCUAUCACAGGCCCGAUUGCACUGCCGUGAGCGAGCACUCCCGCGAAGUAAGCGCCAUGCAUUGCGCCACCUUCAAGGAGAUCGAAUGGCUGCGCACUCUUUCAGAGCUACCUGUGGUCGUCAAGGGUGUCCUUACGGCCGAAGACGCCCUCGAAGCACACCGGCAUGGUGCAGCUGCUGUGCUCGUGUCCAACCACGGUGGACGCCAACUGGACGGAACACCGGCAACAAUUGACGUCCUCGCUGAGAUCGUGGCUGCUGUGGGUGACAAGCUGGAAGUGUACCUGGACAGUGGAGUGCGCACAGGCGCCGACGUGGUCAAGGCGCUCGCGCUGGGAGCUCGCGCGGUCUUCGUGGGACGACCGGUGCUUUGGGGACUCGCAUACGACGGCAAACAAGGAGUCCAGAGGUUUCUGCGAAUACUGAGGAAUGAACUGGAGCACACCAUGCGACUGCUCGGUUGUUCGGACGUUAAUGACCUGUGUGAAGACUUCGUCUUUCACGAGAAGCGACACCCUAGGCCACUGCGGUGUGCUCUGUGAAGGCUGCAUGACUGGGUGCAACCGAUUCUUCGCAAAACAACAGCAGCGAUGAACAAGAGCGAGCAAAAGCACAGCAACCAGAAGAGCCAAGAAGAUUUCGAGUUUAGUCAUAAUGGUUAUGUGGACAUGAACGAAAUAUAGCCUAGUGCGGCUCAGCGGAGCUGGGGACAGUUAUUGCAAUUCAGGGCUUUACCAUGCCGUCAAUUCAGGACUAAAUUGAUGUCUUAUUGCUCUGGCUAGUCGGGGUUCGAACCAUAUUUUUUUGUUGUGUACUGACCGUGAUCAAGGGCGCUAUAACGCAAAACUAUUCCAAAUUUUUCUAUUCCAAUUCUGCAAUGAGCCCUCCGCGAUUGGUCAAAAUAUAUAUCAAAACGUUUAUUUAAAAGAAAAGAAUGCAGAAAGCGAGUGGGUGGAGCCCCUAGUCCAGGGCCCCACUGGCUUGAGCUGUCCACCGUGCUUGGUCGAGGAGCGCUAGUUGCAUCUCCCGAUCCUCGCUGACGAGCCAAGUCUCCCACUGCUCCCUUCCGGAAAGUUUGCCGGCUAUUUUCGGUGUAUUAAUUUUGGGUGGCCUGUUCUGGCAGUCUCACGUAAUGUGGGCGAGAGUUGGCCGGCCUCCGCCCAAGGACAGCGAACGCUGUACAGCGUUGUGUGAAUGACAUUUUUCAAAUAAAGGUUUGGA